AUGACCUCCACCACCUCUCAGCAGGCGCAAGCCAUUCUCCAGAAUCAACAGAAAGAUCUGACCAACGCACAGUUUUCGUUGAACUGUAUCUUAGGGGCCUAUUCUUUGGGCUGCAGCAUCGGACUCGUCGUGGCCCGUCGGCAGCGCAAAUACGAUUUGAAAAGAUUGCCGAUAUGGGCUCUCUUUGCAUCCCUGGUUGCGGCUUUCCUGUACCACAUCAUGAUUUGCGUGCUCUUCUAUGUCUUCUAUAGACUGAAUCAUCUCGCGCUCUUGGCCAGUAACACAAAAUAUCCGGAGAAGAUCAAGAUCGCACACUGGGUGAUACUUGGAAUCAUCGUGAUUGUAGCCGUCAUUGAUUGGGCGAUUCUCACCGACUACUACCGCAAGAUUCUUGACCAGUCUGCAUUGACUACCAAUGAAAUGGGCGUCUUAUUGCUUCGAGCCUACAAAACAGACUCGGCAUGCACGAUUGUCCGGUGGCUGGCGUCUUGGGAAACUUUGGCCUGGGACACCUACUUGGUCAUUAAGGCUCUGAAGGCUGGCAAAGAUUCAAAGGUUCCUACAAUAUUCUUGUUCGGGGCUGGUACCUUCUUCUUUGCGUUGAACAUGAUGUGGGCUAUCUAUGAUAUACGCUGGUACCUGACGGAAGAGACAAUGACGGAUACUAGCAGUUCGUAUGCGGCUAGUAUCUCUCAAGUAGUCUUCUUGCUUUUAACCUACACUGGACUCCUUUCAUUCUGUUUGAGAUGGGGAUGGAUUGAAAGAGGGAUAUUGGACCAGAAUCAUGCUUAUCAGAACGUCGGAGAAAACUCACCAACGCCAAUCAUGCCGUCGUUCCCACAGAUUCUGCCGGUGGAGGUGGAAGGGGAUUCUCGGCAUUCUUGGUUUGCUGAGGCGGAUUCGAGAAUGAUUGUGGAAGCUGCAAAUUCGUCACAGCCUGCCGUCGAGGCAGAUUCGAAAAUGUUAGACUCGGAAGCGAAAUUCGGUGACAAGUCUAGUAAUUUUAUCGAGGAGAGAAAAAAGGCCCAUUGUCCGUGA